CGACCGUUCACAUGCUUAUCAUCCCGUUGGUUUGGACUACGACACUGCCUUCAACAUCAUGAUUUGGCCGCCGAAGCCGUAGAAGCUCCCUCUCAGUCAAAGCCACUACAGCCGGCUCUUCAAUUCGCGCACAUCCGAGUCGCCUUUGAACUAGCAUCGAGCUCUACCAUAUCGCACCAUGUCUUCCAGUACCAGAACCUUCAUGCAGGGCUUCCAAGAAGUCAAGGUAGAUCAAAUCACCGAGAGCAGGAUCUCAACCGUCGUCGCCAUGCUUCCCACAUCGCUGCAAUCCAGCAUGGGACCUAUUCGCUUUCUUCGCCGCAGCAUUAGUCUCCACACCUUGAGAUCGGGUGUCCUCAUGCCAGAGGCAAAGCCUCGGCCGCUCUCUGAGGCUGAUGUCCCGGCCCCGAAGCCGGAGGGACGAGUUGUGGAGAUCUUGGACCAGAGUGAUGCUCGCGAUGACCCAGACUCCAAGGCCAUAUCCCCGAGGCCUAUGAGCAGGGUCCUCUACUCGGAAACUGUCGACGAUGACCAGACUGUUAGGGCAGCCUCUGGCGUCCAUUGGAAGUUUGCGCGACAGGGCACUAGUCUCGUAAAUAUUUCCAUCGAUGGAGGUAAGCCAGCAAUGGCAGACGAGGACGUUAUUUUCGAACGGAAGGCUUUCAUCGACGGGGUGACGUAUCUGCUCAAGGCACUUCCCCAGGAUCUCGACGCUUGCGAACUGAGGCGGAUUCAGUCCGCUCUCCCGGAGGACGUCACCCAUCUCAACCUUGUAGCAGUCCGGCCUGGAGCUGGCUCCAGGGCCCUGCCGGCUCCUCCCCAGCCAAGGUCAAUUCUCCACCGCGGUGUUCAAAUGACUGUGGUCAACUUGAUAUUCUUACUCAGUUUUCUGAUGCCGUACUUGAUGUAUCUGCUCAAAUAUGCGGCAAGGAUGGAACGGAAAUACAAGGUCUCCGAGACGGUAGUUGGGCAUGGGCUGGAAAUUGCCAACUCGAUUGGGAAGCAGAGCGCCUCACUCACCGAGUCGAUGUGCCAGAUGAACGACGGAAAGGUUGGACAGGUUCUCCUAGAGGCGGUAAUAUGGACGGUUGAUGGUGUUGCUCAAGGCAUCUCGGACGGUCUUGGCGAGGGCCUGUCCAUUGUCGGGGCCAGAAGCGCCAUCUGAUUAGAUUGGGUAUAUGUUUUGAUUUC